GUGUGUGAGAAAGAGCGAAAGGUCAUUUGUGACGUGUUUGUUUUGACCUUCAGAUAUUGACCUGUAAUGGCCACAGGUCCCCAAGUGAUCAGAUUUCCCGUGUUUAUCCCAUUCUUUAUUCGUAUAUAAUCAUACAUUCAACAGUAGUGCAUGUAUGCGAAUGUGGAUUUGUGAAUUUCUUUGUGUGGCGUGUAGAGCUAGUGAUAGAGCUAGUAUUUUAUUGCAUCUUUAGAAACAGUAAUUAUCUAUCAGUUGUUAUCAGUAAUAAAUAAAUAGGUAGCACAGUGUGUAUGAGAGGUUCAGAAGGAACCAGAAGAAUCGCGAACUGCAUAUAAAAUCACUCAAGAAUUAUUGGAGCCUGAAUUAUUGUUCCUCUAUGUGAUGACUAAAAUGGAUCAUCGGAAGCAGCAAAUCAUCUCAACAGAUCGUGAUGGCGACGAGGGACCAACUCCAUCAAAUAUCUGUUAUUUCGGACUUGAGCACAUGCACAGGAAAAUAUCAAACGUAGCCAUGGAUAUUAUUGAGUGCAUACAUUAUUUGUAUGGAACACAAGAUAUCUGUGGAUGAUGGUGAACUUAUCAAAUGUGGUUGUACACUACAGUUGACUACUCCUGUAUGCAGAUUGCUGAACAUUGUCUCUAAAUGCUCAACUUAUGUGAUAUGCUACAAAUAGAACAAUAUUCAUCUGAAAAGUGAUGUAUCUACAUUCUUCUAUGACAGACGAGUGGAUCAAAGUGCAUGUGCUCUUUCAAAAUUGAAAAAAAAAAAAAUUUGAAAAAAAUAUUUGUACCUAAUACAUUGGAUGAAGAUUGCUGUCUUCUGUCUGAUUGUGUAUGUGGAAAACAUUUCUUCUUUCUCCUAACAAUUAGAAUUUCUAAUAGUUCCACUAAUCUGAAGGACAUUACCAUGCAUUAAUCCUGAAUACUUGCAGGAUACAUUACAACUCUAUAGCAGAAUAAAGCAAAACUAGCACAUUAUUGAGAAGAUCAAGCCAGAAGUACCUUUCAAGAUAGAAGCUAGUGAUAGUGACACUGAACAUAAAGAUGACAAGUCAAGGCGAUGACUGUUAUUUCUUUUAUUAUUCUUCGUGUGCCAAGGGUGCCGCAUGUCCAUUUCGGCAUUGCGAAGCUGCCUUGGGUAGUGAGACUGUUUGUACAUUAUGGAAGGAAGGCCGAUGUUACAGGGAUGUGUGCAAGUACAGGCAUAUGGAAUCAAAUAAACAAAGAGCUGUUAUUCCAUGCUACUGGGAAAGCCAACCAGGUGGAUGUCAAAAACCACAUUGUGUCUUCAAGCAUACCCAUUCCAGUAUUGGAUUUGAUUCAUUUGAUGUACUACAGAGUAGCACACCAAAGAUAAACACUUCUCUAACAGGGUCUUUGUCAUCUCCUAACUUGCAAGAUUUAUCUCGUAAUGAUAAUAUAGUACCGAGUCCUGUACCAACACCUGAAAUACAACCUGUUGUGAUAAGGGCGGAUGAUGACGAUGAUGAGACUGCCUCUGAAAGCUCUCCUAUUCACAGUAAGCGUGUUGUAUCACCAGUGAAAGUCUCACAGAGGGUGAUACGAAGAAUAGAUGAAAGCAAACAGAACAAAGGCAAACCAUCACCGGUUGCUCUUGAAGAAAUCAAAGUACAGGGGUCAAAAGUGAUAUCUACCAAAAAAAAUGGCAGUUCAAGUGUUGAACCAGAAAUCUCUUUUGGAGUCAAAUCUCUGGAAGAAAUAAGAAAAUCAAAACAACAGAGAUCUGUGAGAGAACGUCUGGGUGCAGUACAGGCUGAGAGAAUCGUUGAUAUCACAGAUGAUGCCUUGACGUCAUUAAAAGUGAAAAAUCUUGAUGAUAUCAGAAAAGAAAGGCAAAACCAAGUCAAACCACGUUCUAGUGUCUUUAGAAGAAUUGUUGUCACUGGUAAGUCAUGA